AUGAGUGGGAAAGGGAAAAUAAAGAACGGAAGAGGAGAUACCAGCUCCAAAAACGAGAGAAUCGCUAUAAUCUCACCAGACAGAUGUAAGCCCAAAAAGUGUAAGCAAGAGUGCAGAAAGAGUUGUCCCGUUGUGAAGACAGGGAAAUUGUGUAUUGAAGUUACUCCAGCUUCAAAGAUUGCAUUUAUUUCGGAAACUUUGUGUAUAGGUUGUGGUAUCUGUGUCAAGAAAUGUCCGUUUGACGCCAUAACAAUUAUCAACUUGCCUACUAAUUUGGAAGGAGAAACUACUCAUAGAUACUCGGCAAAUUCAUUCAAGUUGCACAGAUUACCUACACCAAGACCAGGUCAAGUAUUGGGUUUGGUCGGUACCAACGGUAUUGGUAAGUCUACCGCAUUGAAGAUUUUGGCUGGUAAGCAGAAACCCAACUUGGGAAGAUAUGAGGAUCCACCAGACUGGGAAGAGAUUUUGAAGCAUUUUAGAGGCUCAGAGUUGCAAAACUACUUCACCAAAGUUUUAGAGGACGACAUCAAGGCCAUUAUCAAGCCUCAAUACGUUGACAACAUCCCACGUGCCUUGGCCAAGUCCAAAGUCAAAGAAGUUGGCGCAAUUUUGGAGUCCAAGAAUGAGAGAAAAGAUGCAUUUGAUUACAUCUUGAAAGUGUUGGAAUUGAAACACGUGUUGAAUAGAGAAGUUGAGAACUUAUCUGGUGGUGAGUUGCAAAGAUUUGCUCUUGGUAUGACCUGUGUUCAAGAUGCCAACGUUUAUAUGUUUGAUGAACCCUCUUCGUACUUGGAUGUUAAGCAAAGAUUGAGAGCUGCAGAGAUUAUCAGAUCCUUGUUGUCUGCCACCACCUACAUCAUCUGUGUCGAGCACGAUUUGUCUGUGUUGGAUUAUUUGUCCGACUUUAUCUGUAUCAUUUAUGGUGCCCCAUCGGUUUAUGGUGUUGUUACAUUGCCAUCCUCAGUGAGAGAAGGUAUCAACAUCUUUUUGGAUGGUCACAUUCCAACAGAGAAUAUGAGAUUUAGAACCGAAUCAUUGCAAUUUAGAUUAGCCGAUGCUGCCGACGACUUGAUUUUGGACAAGUCAAACUCAUUGGCAUACCCCUCUAUGCUGAAAACCCAAGGUGAUUUCAAGUUGGAUGUCGAAGCCGGUGACUUUACAAACUCCGAGAUCUUGGUUAUGAUGGGAGAAAACGGUACAGGUAAGACCACAUUUUGUAAGUUGUUGGCUGGCGCAAUUCCUGCCGAUGGCGGUAAAGAAAUCCCCAAAUUGAAUGUUUCAAUGAAGCCACAAAAGAUUGCACCAAAGUUCACGGGUACAGUUAGACAAUUGUUUUUCAAAAAGAUUAGAGCUUCAUUCUUGCAUCCACAAUUUCAAACCGAUGUUGUUAAACCAUUGAAGAUUGAGGAUAUCAUCGACCAAGAAGUCCAAACCUUGUCUGGUGGUGAGUUGCAAAGAGUUGCCAUUGUGUUGGCCUUGGGUAUCCCUGCCGACUUGUACUUGAUUGAUGAGCCUUCAGCUUACUUGGACUCUGAGCAACGUAUUAUCUGUUCCAAGGUUAUUAGAAGAUUCAUCUUGCAUGCCAAGAAGACUGCAUUUAUUGUUGAGCACGAUUUCAUCAUGGCUACAUACUUGGCAGACAGAGUCAUUGUUUUCGAAGGUCAACCCUCUAGACACGCAGUGGCCAGAUCACCCGAAUCAUUGUUAACUGGUUGUAAUAGAUUCUUGAAGAAUUUGAAUGUUACUUUUAGAAGAGAUCCAAAUUCGUACAGACCAAGAAUCAACAAGUUGGACUCUCAAAUGGAUAAGGAGCAGAAGUUGUCUGGUAACUAUUUCUUCUUGGAAAAUACCGAGUUGUAA